UCAGAGCUGGUACUCUGAUGGAGAAACCAUCUCAGAGAUCCACUGAAGGGAAGAGGGCUGACCCUGCAUGCGGUGGACAAAACAAAGGGGGAGAGGUCACCCAAGUUGUGAUUGUUUCCAGGAUGAUGUCCAGCAAGAUUGUAGCUACUCUGCUUGUGAUGUACAUUGCAACCAUGCUCGCUGCCCAGACAGAAGGGUUUGUCCCCAUUUUUACCUACAGUGAUGUCCAGAGAAUGCAGGAGAAGGAAAGGAAUAAAGGGCAGAAGAAAUCUCUGAGUGUGCAGCAGAGAUCAGAAGAGGUGGAUCCUAUGGUUUUUGUGAACUUUAAGGAUGAGGAAGAAAAUGAAAUGAUCAAGCUGACUGCUCCUGUAGAAAUUGGAAUAAGGAUGAACUCCAGGCAGCUGGAAAAAUAUCAGGGCAUCCUGGAAGAGCUGCUGACUGAGGUGCUGCUGUCCACCCAGAAUGGCUGACAGAAGAGUUGGCAAACUUCUCUUGGUUCACUCUGCAGUGAACUGAUGGCCUCUGCCACAGAAAAAUGUGGACAAAAUCCCUUGUUCUAGAAAUUCAACAAUGAAGCCAUGGACAGGUGCCUCACCCGCUCCUGGAUUUCAAUUCAAGAAGAAAAUACACAAUCCAAAACAAACUUUACUUUAAUGAAUAAAAUGUGAAGUUUAAGGAAA